UGCCAUGAAGACUUAACAGGAAGAAGUGUUUGCUUGGGGAUGCUGCCAAGAUAGAAACACUGUGAAGAAGGAAGAACAGUGCUUGAACAAGAGGAGCAGAUUCUCUGAAGGUGCCUCUGCCCACCACACCAAGCAUAAGACCCCUACCUGAAAACUAGGCCAGCCUUCCCAAGAGAGAGCAGGCCUUCUCCUCUCCUUCAUCAUGAAUUGGCAUAUGAUAAUCUCUUGGCUUAUCAUAGUGGUGCUUAAAAUGGUUGGAAUGAUCUUUUUCCUGCUUUAUUUCCCACAGAUUUUUGGCGGAAGUAAUGUCAGCUUCCUUCCCACAGAGGGCUAUGGAACAGUCCCACAGACUUUGGGGAGCAGUAAUGUCACCCUACUUCCCACAGAGAGCUAUGGAACAGUCUGCCCCAACAGGUGGUAUUUUCAUCAAGGAAAAUGCUUUUGGCUGUCCCCUUUUGAAAUGUCUUGGAACAAAAGCAGGGACUUUUGCAAAAGAGAAGGAUCCACUUUGGCCAUAGUCAACACACUAGAGAAGCUGAAAUUUUUACAGAACAUAAUUGGUGCUGAGAAAUAUUUUAUUGGCUUACACCAGGAUACAGAGAAAAGAUGGCGUUGGAUCGACAACUCCCCAUUCAAUGGCAACAUUACCAAUCAGCAUCAGAACUUCAACUGUGUAACCAUAGGCCUAACAAAUACAUUCGAUGCUGCAUCAUGUGACAUCAACUUGCGUUGGAUCUGUGAGAAGCUGGCCAAAUGAUUGGAGUUCUCUAUGGCCUCUGACAAGAAUAACAAACACACUUGUGGAGAAAGAAAAAGAAUAUAUUUGGGAUUGGUACAGGAAAUACAGAACAUCAAAUUACUGUGUCCAUAUUCCACAGGUUACUGGCAGAGCUCUUUAAUAAUUCCUUGGGGCUAGUGCUCCAGCCCCUCCACAAAUAUACUUGCACACAUACAACAGAGACAAACUUCCCAUUCUGAGCCAGCAGUUUUCCCCAACACUCCACUUCUUGUGAGUGUCAAAGUGGUAACUCUUUUUAGAUCUCUACCAGACAUCUAGUCAAUGAUCCCUUUCUCCAUCUCUCUACCAGGAGAGGCCUUUGCCUGUGUUGGAAGUGAUCUUCUGCUUUGGAGGACUGGAUGUCAGUCACCUCCAGGAAACAGGGUCAUUUUUAGGUAGAGAACUCAGUUGAUAUAAUGAUGAGGUCUGUUUGUAUAGAACUGAGCAUUUCUGACUGAUCAACCUGGCUUAUUGCCAGGUCUGUUUUAUCCUCAGAGCACACAUGCCUAGUACCAGAGAGAAAGUACAGACUGAGCAUGUGAAAACAUUAUUUAGAGAGUAACAGGGAUAGAAUAAAGAUAAACUCAGAUUUUUGACAUCACCUCUGUUCCCAAGAGACCUGUGUUCACAUGCAUCCCACCCAUACCCAAGGUAGGAUAGCAGAGGCCCUUCUCAGUCCAAAUUGAGGUCAGGCCUGGAGAUGGGCUCCUGGAGCCAAGCUUGGCUUGUUCAUGGAAGUGGAUAAGGAUCUCGCCUGAGCAGGAAUCUUCCAAGAAAUCCCUUUGAAAAUAAUCAGACAGCUAACAUGACCAACCAAACUGAUCAAUGUUUUUCAAUAAAGUACUGAAGACAUACUCAAGCUUAAAUUUUCCUGGUCUUGAGCUGAAUCUCCAUUUCCAUAGAUUUUUAUUACCUGACCAUGUUUUCUUAGUAUAUUUUAAGAAUUUAUAGUAGUCUCUUGAACCCCAGUGUUCAGAAGAUAUUCCUGCCUGCAGUUUAGAGAGACUCUAUAAUCAGGUACAGCUUAGUGACCCAAAGAUGUCACAGCCUUAUCCAUGUUGGCAUCACACCAACUCAGAGCUGGUCCAGUUGACCAAAGGGUAAAAACAAAGAGGACUGCUCCAUGAAGCAUAGAGAGCAGGCAAAAAGUAAGCAUAUAGUAGUAAGGGAACACCAGAGACAAAUGGAAAUCAUAUCCAGGAGGAAACAGUUCAUUUGGCCAUACUGGAAGAAGGGCAAGAAAAAGGUAGAAAAGCCUUGAGGCAUCCUGGCUAUUCUUUGCACUUUCAACAAAAUCAACUACAUACCUUUCCCAGUAAGUAGAAAAGAGAAACAAGAUGCCUGUGUGUUCUGAGUAACGAGAAUUAAGCCACAAUGGAAAUUACAGUCACCUAAGUGACCUGCUCACCAAUAUAUGUCUAAUAACAACAUACCACAAUGACUAUGAAUAUCAUCAGAUGCAUGUUAAAGAAAAUUGUUGUUUUAUUUUUUAUUACAACACCAAGAUCUAUUUCUAUAUUCUUAGGACUCAUAUUUUUGUACAGUUUGCAUGGCCACCUAUUGUUUUAAAAAAUGAGAUAAUACUUUAAGUGUUAGAACUUGUCUGAAGAAAGUUACCAGCAAUAAUUUGUGUUGGGAUGGAGGGGUGUUAGAAUUAUAUCAGUAUUCUGUAAAGAUAUGAGUUUUUUGUGGUGUUAUCAAAGAAUAAAUACUGUAAUUGAGAAGAGGGAAAAGCUGAGUCUAUGGUAGAUAAAGAAAUAAACAGAACUUCUACACCAAAAGUAAUCCCUAGGAUCCAAACAAUAGAAAGGAUACUGUAGCCUUUCUGUUUUUAAAAGGGAAAGUUGUGGUUGCCACACUUCCUGCUAUAUGACAGAACAAAUUUCAGAUUUCUAUCGUCAGGAAAUGUAGACAUCUAGUAAUUUCCCUAGGCGACAGCCCAAAUUUCCCCCAAGAUGAGGACAUACUUCUGUGAACGUUCUAAAAGAGGCCCAGUGGGUCAAGGUGGGGCUGGGAGUAGGGAGCACAUAGAGAAUAUGAAUACUUUGGUUUAAAUUCAUUACUGGAGGGUGCAGGGGCUGUUGGAUCUUUAAAUCAUGAGAGACUCUUGAAUACUGAAAACAAACUGAGGGCUGAUGGGGGAAGGGAAAGGGGAAGGGAGGUGAUGGUCCUGGAGGAGGGCACUUGUGGGGAAGAGCACUGGAUGUUAUAUGGAAACCAACUUAACAAUAAACUGUAUGAAAAAAGGGGGGUAGACAAAUGUGACCUAAUUGGGCAGCAGUGUAUGGUUUUUUUAAGCAAUAGAAAUUUAGUAAACCACUG